GUUUCGUGUGUAUAGAGCUUUUAAAAAUGAAGAUUUUGGCAUUUACAAAUAGAUUAGAUCAAGAUGUCAACCAUUUAAAAGAACUGUAUUUACCCUGCCCACGAUCAAAUCGACGCUCUAUUUACUUUCAUAAUGAAAAGGGACAAUUGUACGAGAUUCAAAGAGUGACAGGACCAGGCCGUAAAAGUUGUUGGUUAAUGGACGAUACACUUUACAAAGAUGGUGCUAUUCGAUUUAUAUCACCUCUAGAUCCUCUUUUUAUAGCCUUGCCUAUUCUUGAAGAAGCAGGAAAGAAUGACAAGUUUAGAGAAUUGGACGAUAUCUUUACCAGAGAGAAUGUAAAGAUUUGUGUGGUAGUGGAUGAAGAAGCAUCAGAGGGAGACUUCUUUGGAGAAGAGGAAUAUGAUCAACCUAUUGAUGUACAUCGUUUAACCAAUGUUCCAGGAUUAAAAGAGCAAUUAGGCCACUUAUGUGAUAUCCAAGAAAUUGCGAGUGGAUUGUUUGUUUACAAGUUAAAUGAGGAAAACACCUUAAAUUGGCUAGUUAAAAAAGUGGAAGCUAUCCUGUCAAAUGAACACUUUAAAAAAGUAUUUGAAACAACGACAAAAGAAGAAGGACUUGAGAAAAUAGAGGCUGUGUAUACAUUAUCCAAUUAUUUAAGUAAAAACUGGUUUAGUAAACUUUUGGUCAAAUUAGAGCUUGUUGAGAAAAAGGAAGAACUCGGCGACAUUACUAAUUAUGUCACUGACGUAUCUCCCUCCGGUUAUUUUAAACGUGUACAUCCUGAGGAGAACUUUAUGGAUGCACCAGCCAAGAAAAUGAAGCCUGCCGUUCCCAGAAGUUUGGCCAAGAUGAUCAUGCGUCGGAAUGUAUAA